CCUACCUGUUCCUCCCCCUCCAGUCCGGGUACUAGGCCAGUCUAUCUGAUUGGCCCAUAAGUGACUCUUCAGAGUGCGGGCACGAGAGUGCAUGACACUGCUCACUCGAUCACAGACCAAGGCCAUGGACAGGAAGGCGGGAGAAUCCCUCCUGGCCUUCGAGGAACGCCUGGCGGCAUUCAUCCAAGAGGCCAACGAUAGGGCCGCCGCCGCGGCCAAGGAACGUAGUCAGAUUGAGCAAGAAGAGGAGGCCAAGCGACGGAAGGAGGAACAGGACCGACUUCGUCAAGAGGAGGCAGACCUGCAGGCGGCAGGUGAACACCGGUCACGCCAGCGGGAACGACUGUUCACGCUGGAGACCGUGAUCGGCGAUGAGACCGCACAUUGGGUGGCGAUGGCAUUUGCAGACGAGGCUCCAGAGACUGAAAAAGGGCUGUCCGCCGUUGCGCAGAUCUCCCACGACCUCAUGGCCCACCUGCGCUCUGCAGCAGGAGGAAAUCCUUCACCUGCAGCAGACAGUGGACCAGAUGCUUACACGGCUGCAGGUGUUGGAGAAACAGCCAGCUGCUUAGGCGCCGCCGAGGGUGACUCGACACCUCCCUCGACGCCAUCGGAAGCGGUUGUGCGCACGACCGCCCUUUCCUCCGAGGCAUAUGCGGAUGUCGGGAGUCUUCCACUUUCGUUAGAAGACUUCGCUGCCCGGCUCGUUCCUUCACUGGAUGCUUCUCAAGGACAAGAUACAUGUGCGGCUUUCUCAUCGUCCAGAGGUUCCUCCGCCACUUCGUCUUCAUCAAGGGAUUCGGCAAGCACGUUCAACGAGGAGGUCUUGGACCCGCUCACGCCCGAGGACUUCGCUUGGAUUCCUCUCCCUACGACGGGCAACCUUCCGGGGCCGCAAAGCGCAGCACUAUGCGCCCUCUUACACGAGUAUCUUUCCUUCCAUGCACCACCAACUUCGCCGACGGUAGACGAAGUCGCGGUGGGGGACAUGCUUGGCUAUGUUGCCAAGGUGGCCGGCGAGUUUGUCUCGCAACGGAAGUCACAUCCGACGACGGUCGCUCUUGCCGACGGUAAGACGAAACAGCUUUUAGACCGUUACAUCUCGGUUGUCCCGGUGUACUUUGCACCGCACGCAUGUGAACCCGUCACUUUUGACGUGGUGGACACCGAUUUCGAUGUCAUUUUGGGGAUGCCUUGGAUUUCUAGCGCGGACCACACGGUCAAUUUCCAUCGACGCACGCUCACGAUUCGUGAUGCAACUGGCGCCGAGGUCCCGUGUACUAUUCCUCCUCCUCGCUCUUCUAUUCGGUGCCAAGUCGUGAGUGCCAAAUCUUUUCGAGACACAUGCCGUUCCGAGCAUGUCGAAGAGAUUGGCAUCGCUUUUCUUCGAACCGUCCCGACGACCGACUCAUCGUCCACGGAUGUGUCUUCCGACCCCCGUGUGACCCGGUUGUUAGACGAGUUCGUGGAUGUUUUUGAGACACCCUCCGAUAUAGUGUCGGACCGGCCGAUCUCUCACGAGAUCAUACUCGAGGCCGGCGCAGUGCCAUCGAAGGGAUGCAUUUAUCGCAUGUCUGAGGAGGAGCUCACGGUUCUCCGUGCGCAACUGGAUGAUUUACUUGACAAGGGUUGGAUCCGCCCUAGCAGCUCACCUUACGCCCGGUACAAACCUAACCGCGACAAAUGCGAGUUUGUCAGGCAAGAGCUUGAAUACUUUGGCCAUUUUGUCUCUCUAGAAGGCAUUCGUCCGUUGGCGGACAAGAUUCAAGCCAUCCAGGAGUGGCCCGAGCCGAAGAAUGCGACGGACGUCCGAUCCUUCCUCGACUUGGCCGGUUAUUAUCAACGCUUCAUCAAGGGUUACUCGAAGAUCGCGGCCAACCUAAGCAAGUUACAAAGCGAGGAGCGGCCUUUUGACUUCGACAACGAUGCGCGCCAUUCUUUUGAAACACUCAAAGCGGCACUCUUGUCCGCCGAGAUGUUACAUAUUUACGACCCGCUUCUAGCUACGCGCAUCACUACUGAUGCGUCGGGCUAUGGCAUUGGGGUCGUCCUUGAGCAGCACGAUGGCACGGACUGGCACCCGGUCGAGUACUUUAGCAAGAAAGUACCUCCCGUGCAUUCGAUCGACGACGCACGGAAGAAGGAGCUUCUUGCCUUCGUCCACGCCCUCAAGCGUUGGCGACAUUUCCUCCUUGGUCGGAAAGCAUUCCGAUGGGUAACGGAUAACAAUCCGUUGGUAUUCUACAAGUCGCAAGACACGAUUAACAGUACCAUUGCCCGUUGGAUGGCUUUCAUCGACCAGUUUGACUUUUUCCCCGAUCACAUUCCCGGGAAGUCAAACCGUUUUGCGGACGCCCUCUCACGGGGACCGGAUCUUUGCACCGCAGUCUACUCUACCUUCGAGAUCGACGACGACUUGYGGGAGAGCUUCAUCCGCGGCUAUCAAGCCGACCCCCACUUUCGCGACAAGUACGCGAAUUGCUCAUCUCCAAAUCCGGUGCCUUCGCAUUAUCGUAUCCAAGAGGGCUACUUGUGCAUUCACGGGCGGUUCUAUUGGCCUGACCUUCUCAAGGACGCCACCCGCUAUUGUGAGUCGUGCGAAGUCUGUCGGCGUUGCAAGUCACGCAACCAUCGUCCGUUCGUCGAGCUACACCCACUACCAGUGCCCCUUGGGCGACGGGAAGCAAUUGCUAUGGAUAUCACCGGCCCCUUCCCGAAGCACAAGACCGGCGUGGAUGGGAUCCUCACGGUCGUCGACCGCCUCACCAAGUACGCCAUGUUUUUGCCUUGCCGCUAUCACGCAAAGGCACCGGAGUUAGCCGAGGUCUUAUACACCGGUUGGAWUCGCUCCAAGGGCUACCCCAAGGCGAUCGUUUGCGACCGGGACACUCGCUUUCUCUCCGACUUUUGGGUCGCCCUCGUCAAGCGAUGGGGCUCAUCUUUGAAGCCGAGUUCGGCUCGCCACCCGCAAACCGAUGGUCAAACGGAAAGGGCGCAUCAGACCGCUCAAGUCCUUCUACGCACUCUCAUCCAUCCCGACCAGGUUGAUUGGGUUGAGCGCUUGCCAAACGUUGAGUUGGCUUACAACUCAUCGAUCCACCCGGCUAUUAGGAUGUCGCCAUUUGAGUUUAAGCAUGGUUCACCCAUCUCAUCGCCGUUGGACGCCACUUUGCCGCGCACAGCCGAGAGCGACGACCAUUUUGCGUUCCUUCGUUGCAUGCAAGAGCUUCUUGUCAAGGCACGGGAUCAGAUGUCAAAGACGCAAAUACGGAUGAGUCGUCAAGCCAACCGCAAUCGCCUUCCUUGCCCGUUCCGCGCCGGCGAUCUGGUUUGGGUCUCCGCCGCGGAGUUCAGCCUUGAGCAAGACAUCUCUCGCAAGCUCCUUCCCAAGUGGAUGGGGCCUUGGCGCAUUCUCUCUGCAGUUGGUGAUGAUCCCGAGGGGCCUUCAUUCCGCAUUGCGGUGCCACCUCACUUGCCCGUCCACACGGUGUUCCACUGUUCCAAACUCGCCCCGUUUGUUUCAGCGGAGUCCGACGAGUUUCCCGGUCGACGUACGCAAGACCCUCCUUCCAUGGACGGAUUUCAGGAGGCCGGCUACAUCAUCACCGACCGGCGCCAUGGCAACAAAGAAACAGUUCUACUUCACUUUUCCUACUGCAGCCACAAGGCUGACCGUUGGCUGACGCGUUCGGAACUGCAGGCCACAGCUCCCGCCGUUCUCUCACGUUAUCUUAGCAAAGGGAAGACUACGCCGAGCACUCCAGCUCCUCGCCUUCCUCGCUACAUUCCGCUAUCGGAUUGGCAGCUUCGCCCGCGCCCCGGCUCGUCUUCAUAAGGAGGGGGGCGUGUUACAUGCUGAAAGCCUACACACGGGCCCCUCACGGGACCCGAGGUUGGAAUAG